AUGGGGGUGAUCUGUAAACUCCUGUGGUGCAGGGAGGCUGAGGGGGAGCCUGCUCAGGGGCUGGUGCUCCUGAAGCAUGUGAAUGUUCUCCAGGUUUUGGUUGGGCUUUUCUUGCUCUCAUCUGUGAGAAAAGCAGCCAUCAAGGUGAGCUGCAUUGGAUCCUGUGGGGUGUCCAACAAGAUCAAUGACACAGCAUGGACUGUGGAGGAGCAGUACUUCAACAGCACGCUGUCCCUGGCAGACAAAGGGGUCCUGACAGCUGGAGAGCACAACUUUCCCUUCCAGUUCCUGCUGCCAGCCUCUGCUCCUACAUCAUUUGAAGGCCCUUUUGGCAAGGUCCUGCAUCAGGUGAAAGCUGUGAUAGACACACCUCGCUUCUCCAAGGACUACAAAUGCAACAAGAUCUUCUACGUUCUCUGCCCUCUCAAUCUGAAUGACAUCCCUGACAUUGAGCAGCCCAACACCAUGUCCAUCACCAAGAAGUUCAACUACAAGCUUGUGAAAAGUGGCAACAUCAUCCUGACAGCCACGUCUGAUCUGAAGGGCUACAUCGUGGGCCAGGCCAUCCAGCUGCGCACAGACAUCGAGAACAAGUCCGGCCGCGACACCGGCGCUGUGGUGGCCAGUCUGCUCCAGAAAGUGGCCUAUAAAUCCAAGCGCUGGAUUUACGACCUGAGGACCAUCGCCGAGGUGGAAGGCUCAGGGGUGAAAGCCUGGAAACAUGCAGAAUGGAAGGAGCAGAUCCUGGUUCCAGCACUGCCCCAAUCCAUUCUGCAGGGCUGCAGCCUCAUCCACAUCGACUACUACAUCCAGGUCUCCCUCAAGUCUCCAGAGGUUUCUGUCACUCUCCCCAUCUACAUUGGAAACAUUGCUGUGAAUAGGGUCCCGCUGAGCCCGUCCCGCUCCAUCCAGCACAUCCCGUCUGUGGUGGUCCCCAGUGCCCCCCCAGAGGAAGAGGAGGCUGCCAGUGGCUAUCACCCCAUGGACAAUGUCUCCAUCCCCACCAAAAGCCAUUCCCAGCAGCAGCCCUUUAGCUACGCCCCAGGACUGAGCUUCCAGGAGACGCGGGCGGACUCGGAGCAGACGGGCUCCCCAAACCACCCCACACUCUGCCUGUCCACGGGAGCCACUGUCCCCUACUAUGCUGAGGGGAACGUGGUGCCUGUCCCCACAGCCAGCUCCCUCAUCCUGCCCCCGGAGUACAGCACCUGGGGAUACCCCUACGAGGCACCUCCAUCCUACGAGCAGAGCUGCAGCAGUGCCAACUCCAGCAUCAGCAAUGGCAACUAGCCCUCCCCUGCUCCGAGCCCACCCUGGCACCACGGGGCACCCGCCUGUGGCAAAGUCUGCUACAGCACAAGGCAUCUCUUGUCUCUCUGGCUGCUUUGUGGGGGGAGCUGCCACAUCCCAGCCUGGGCUUUGUAAGUCUCUUUCUAGGGAGGGAGUAGAAAAAACCAAAAAGGGCAGCCAGAGCAGCCUGCAUGCCUGUAGGAGAGGUCUGGGAAACUGAGCUGUCUCCUGCUGCUGCACCAAGUGCUGGAGAGCUGGAUGUGGCCCUGGGAUGCCCUGGGCAGCAGCCUGUUCAGUACUGUAGUCAACACUAACUGCUUUACUAUCAAAGCACCUGUGAUGCCUUAUCUGAAACGCUCCUGUCUUGGCACAGCUUCACUCUAGGGGAAGGCUGGGCUGUGUGGACUUUCUCUCCUCUUUUAGGGGCUCUGUGCUCUCCACAAAUUGUUUUGACAGCCCUUCCUCCUUGUCCUCAGAGGUCCUAAGGGUAGCAGGUUUCUUGGAGUAAGCAGGUUCAAAAGGAUUUUUGAAAAGCCAAAAGCACAAGGCCUUGCUGUACCUGAGCUGUGGGGGGAGUGACUGGCAGUGUGAGUGGCCAUGGGCACAGGGCAUAAGCCCUGGUGAGCUCUGGGGAAGAUCCUGGUGUUCCAUGGGGUGCCCUUUUCCAGCAGGGGUGGCUUUUCCCCACCCUUGCUCACUGCUGGGCCCUGGCACACAGGGUAACAGCGCUGGUCACUCUGCCAGUGGGGGGACCACACUCCAUGGCCCAUCUCCUGCCCCUGCUGAGUGACCAUCAAUCACAAAAGUCUGUCUGAUGCUACCUCUGAGUCUGCCCAGGGGCCCUCCCGUGGGAUCCUUCCCUUGGGCCCACCCUCUGGGGGCUCCCCCUGGGAGUGGCUGUCCCUGCCAG